ACAACAUAGCGUAGCCUAUUGCACUGGCUCUUAAACAAUGCCGUUUGAGAGAGUAGGUACCGGUAUAUUAGUUACCGUUUUUGUGGUUAGACUGACAUGUGCCUAUACGAGUCAGCCUAUUUUUGAUAUGGACCCAAUUCGACCCGAGUCAUCUUUGUUGAAGCCCAAAGUCUUGAUUGCCAUACUUGCUCGAAAUGCAGAACAUAGUUUACCUUUCUAUCUGGGAUGCAUAGACAGACUGGACUACCCCAAGGAUCGCAUCGCAAUUUGGGCAGCCACAGAUCACAAUGUGGACAACACAACGGCAAUGCUACAGGACUGGCUGAGUGCAGUAGACAGCCAUUACCACACGGCUGAGUUGAGGACCACAGAGGAGUCCAGUGCAUUGUUUGGUGAGGAGGGGCCGAAGCACUGGGCUGACUCCAGGUAUACCCACGUGCUGAAGCUGAGACAGGCAGCGCUGAGGAGAGCCAAGGCCCUGUGGGCAGACUACAUACUGUUUGCAGACAGUGACAAUUUGCUGACAAAUCCAGAAGUGUUGACACUGUUGAUGGCUGAGAACAAGACUCUGGUGGCUCCCAUGCUGGAAUCCCGUACCCUGUACUCCAACUUCUGGUGUGGCAUGACUCCCCAGGGUUAUUAUAAACGCACCCCCGAGUACAUACCCAUCAGAGACGGGAAGCGCGAUGGAUGUCACGCCGUUCCCAUGGUGCACUCCACAUUCCUUCUGGACUUGCGGCGGAAAGCCAGCAGACAUCUGGCUUUCUACCCAGUCCAUCACCUUUACCCCUGGAUUAUGGAUGACAUCAUGGUCUUCUCCUUCUCAGCUAGGCAAGCAGGUGUGCAGAUGUUUGUGUGUAACAAAGAACAUUAUGGGUACCUGCCUGUACCACUGAAGCCUGAUCAAAACCUGGAGGAGGAAGUGGAAAGCUUUUCUCACACCGUCUCUGAGGCUUUGAUUGAGUAUACUUUGGAACCAUCACAUUUCUUGCAUGCCCGACCUAGGCAGAAGGAUAAAAUGGUUUUUGAUGAGAUCUACUUGAUCAAUCUGAAACGCAGACCGGACCGGAGGAAGAGGAUGUUGAGCACGUUGGAUGCUCUGGGCCUUCAGGCUACACUAACUGAUGCCGUGGAUGGCAAAGCUCUGAACACCUCUCAGUUGCUGGCACUUGGCAUUCACAUGCUCCCCAACUACAAAGACCCAUAUUCUGACCGUGUCCUGACAAGAGGCGAGAUCGGAUGUUUCCUGAGUCAUUACAACAUCUGGAAACAGAUGGUAGAGAAAGGACAGCAGCAAGUACUCCUGCUGGAGGAUGAUGUACGAUUUGAGCCUCGCUUCAAGAGCCGUCUGAUCACAAUCAUGCAGGACGUAAAGGCAGCUGGUCUUGACUGGGACCUCAUCUAUGUGGGCCGGAAGAGGCUGCAGGUGAAGGAGCCUGAGCGCUGGGUGGAGGGGCUAAAGAACCUGGUGCACCCAGACUACUCGUACUGGACCCUGGGAUACGCCCUCUCUCUGCAGGGGGCUCGGAAGCUUCUCCAGGCAGAGCCCUUUGGCAAGAUUCUGCCCGUGGAUGAGUUUCUUCCCGUCAUGUUUGACAAGCACCCCAAGGAGGAGUACAUGUCCCACUUUGAGAACAGGGACCUGAAGGCCUUUUCUGUGGAGCCUCUCCUGCUCUUCCCCACACAUUACACGGGCGAGCCGGGCUACACCAGCGACACGGAGACCUCCAACAUCUGGGACAACGAGGGGGUGAGCACCGACUGGGACCGGCAGAGUGCCCAGAAGAACCACGCCGGUCCCCGCUCUCCCGUCUCAAGCUCCCCCAGCAGCAGUGGCAGUCAGAGGGAUGAACUCUGAUCAAAAUAACAUUUUCAAAAACUAAAACGAGAUGGGAGGGAAAAAACAAGAUGAAGACCAUUCUAAACUAUAUCUGUAAUCUCUUAAUCCUGCUACUGCAGUUGGGAUCCACGACACUGUUUGCAUGUGUUUACAAGUCAUAGUUUGUAUUCACAUGGGUGAUGACACCACAUUCCUACUGCCUAAGGUUAACUGGAGCAGGUGCGUGCGUAUGAUUUGGUAAAGAAACAGGUCUGAAACAUGGGAGCAGGAUUGAGAGACACUCUGAUGUGAACUGCUCUGGUGGUUUGCUCACAGCCCUGCGUCUUUUUAGGUUUGCUCACAGUUUCACACAUAGUGCACUACUCACUGACUACUGAGGAAAAUCUCAGGUGAUAAAUGGAGCCUUGAUGUAUGAAAGAGAAUGAUAAAAAACAGGCCUUUUCAGUUGUUUA